ACAACGUUAUUCACCACAUAGUAACGAUGCAGCUGGUGAUAUGGGCGUUGGUAGUGCUCUAUGUGCUUUACAGCCAGGGAACGGACACUUGUCCUGAUAAGUGUAGCUGUGAGAAGGCAUCCAGCUGUGAUGGAACUAACAUAAAUUGUUACAGAAGUGGACUGACCGGAGUACCGACUGACAAUCCCACGGACACAUGUUAUCUAAACCUGUGGGAGAAUAAAAUAACAACGUUACCGAAUGGAAUAUUUGAUGCACUGACGAGUCUGGAGACAUUAGACCUGGAGUCAAAUGAAAUAACAACGUUACCAAAUGGAAUAUUUGAUGCACUGACGAGUCUGCAGACAUUGUAAGUAUAUCUAUAAAA